ACUCAGCAGUUCAUAUAUGUUGAAUUUCCACACUCCCAAUUUCAGCAUUUCUUCAAUUUCGAUUUCCAAACCCUCUCAAAAAUCGUAGCCCCCACCGUCCUACGACUCGGAGCAAUCCAAAUUUAUUCGUUUCAGAUUCAAAAUUCUCUUCACGUAUUUAUUGCAUCAGCUCAUUGGAUUGAAAAGGAUAUACUAAUAUCAUUUUUUGGGUCAAUAGUCUCUCAUUCAACUUCGGAUUUCGUUCAGAAACUCUACUGGCUCAGAGAUCGGGAUAGGUGAAGGAAUCUGAGAUUUGAAAAUUUAGGUGUGAAAGUCAUUAGCUUUAUUAGAUAGGGGUUUUGUACCUGUGGUUGAUUUUACCGAUCGAUAAGCUAGGGUUUUACUCGAUCUCGUGUUUGUGAUUUACAUUUUGCUGGAGAAAUUGGGGCUUUUUAGUCAAACAGGUGGAUUUUGGUUCAUUUUCCGUAAUGGGUAAUUGUUGUGCAACACCGCAAACCUCUGAUGAGAAGAAGCCAAAUCCUUACUUCGAUGGGAAGCCUGUUCCAAAUGGUGGGCAUAAAUCUUAUGUGUUGGAGAAUCCAACAGGGCAUAACAUAGAGGAGUUUUAUGAGCUCGGGCGGGAGCUCGGACGGGGUGAAUUUGGGAUCACGUAUAUGUGUACUGAUAAAAGCAAUGGAGAGAUUCUUGCUUGUAAGUCGAUAUCAAAGAAGAAGUUGAGGACUAGAGUGGAUAUUGAGGAUGUUAAGAGGGAGGUUGAGAUCAUGAAGCAUCUGCCUAAGCAUUCCAAUAUAGUGACGUUGAAGGACACUUAUGAGGAUGAUAGUGCAGUCCAUUUAGUCAUGGAGUUGUGCGAGGGUGGUGAGUUGUUUGAUAGGAUUGUUGCUAGAGGUCAUUAUACCGAAAGGGCUGCUGCAGCUGUGACUCGCACGAUUGUUGAAGUUAUUCAGAACUGUCACAAGCAUGGAGUCAUACAUCGUGAUCUCAAACCUGAAAAUUUCUUGUUCAGCAAUAAGAAGGAAACAGCACCCCUCAAAGCUAUUGAUUUUGGGCUGUCCGUCUUCUUCAAGCCUGGCCAGAUAUUUGAUGAGAUAGUUGGAAGUCCCUAUUAUAUGGCUCCGGAGGUGCUGAAAAGGAACUACGGUCCAGAAAUUGACGUCUGGAGUGCUGGAGUGAUUCUCUACAUUUUACUCUGCGGUGUUCCGCCAUUUUGGGCUGAAACUGAACAAGGAGUUGCCCAAGCGAUCAUUCGUUCUAAUGUUGACUUCAAAAGAGAACCUUGGCCCAAAGUAUCCGAUAGAGCGAAGGAUCUGGUGAAGAAGAUGCUCAAUCCUGAUCCCAAACAACGUCUUACAGCACAAGAAGUACUUGAUCAUCCCUGGUUACAAAAUGCAAAGACUGCUCCUAAUGUUUCUCUGGGUGAAACUGUCAGAGCUAAGCUCAUGCAAUUUUCGAUGAUGAAUAAGUUGAAGAAAAAGGCUCUAAGGGUGAUUGCUGAGCAUUUGUCGGUAGAGGAGGUGGCGGGAAUAAAGGAGGGGUUCAAAUUGAUGGAUACAGAAAACAAGGGGAAGAUUGACAUCAAUGAGUUGAGAGCUGGAUUACAUAAGCUUGGUCAUCAAAUCCCCGAAUCUGAUCUCGUAGCUCUCAUGGAAGCGGGCGAUGUGGAUAAGGAUGGGUAUCUCGACUGUGCAGAGUUUGUUGCCAUUUCUGUACACCUAAGGAAGUUGGGCAAUGAUGACCAUCUGCGCAAGGCCUUCGACUAUUUUGAUAAAAAUGGAACUGGAUACAUAGAAAUUGAAGAGCUGAGGGACGCCUUUGCUGAUGAGCCAGAAGCUACCAGUGAAGAGGUCAUAAAUGCCAUCAUUCAAGAUGUUGACACGGACAAGGAUGGUCGUAUAAGUUACGAGGAGUUCACUGCAAUGAUGAAAUCCGGCACAGAUUGGAGAAAAGCAUCGAGACAAUAUUCACGGGAACGAUACAACAGUCUUAGCUUGAAAUUGAUGGAAGCUGGCUCCUUACAGAAGAACCAAUGAGACUAGAUAGGUGGGAAGAACACUGACUUGCUUCGGCUUAAGCUGAAAAACUACGAUGUUUCGUGAUUCAGACCCAAGGACUUCAGGCAAAAACAAAGGAUGAAAUUCUUUUUUCUUUGAUUAUAUUUAUGUUAAAUUGGCUGGUUGCAAGAUUCUUUUGGUUUAGGAUGACAAAAAAUAGGUCAUUGAUCAUGUUACUACGGUUUGUGUGGUUUGUUUAUGGUUGGUUGCUAUCUGGGAUAUAGAUUCGGAUAUAUAUUAAGGAUCUUUUAAUGUGUAUGUUUCUGCUAAGAAUUGUAAUACCUUAUCAUUUGUAUAUAGACAUAUUCUUCAACUUUUAGAUUUCUA